UCUCAGCGACGGCCCCGGUGCCCGUAUCCGAGAUGGCGAAGCGGCGGUUAUUUUCCAGUGUCAGGUGGUGAGAGGUGAAAGGCGGCGACAUUGGCGGCGGCGGCGGCUCAAGGAAGAUGGCAGAAAGCGAAUUGCAGCCAGAAUCCCCCGAGGAGGCAGCACUGCCUCCUCCCCACCGAAAUUUCAUGAUCCCCAAGAAGGAAAUCAACAUGGUUCCUGACAUGGGGAAGUGGAAACGCUCACAGGCUUAUGCAGAUUACACAGGCUUCAUUCUCAAGCUGAAUGAAAGCAUCAAGGGCAAGAAGCUGACCUGUGAAUACAAAGUCUCUGAGCCAAUUGAAAAGCUGGUUGAUCUCCUGGACACGCUUGACAGGUGGAUUGACGAGACCCCACCAGUGGACCAGCCAUCUCGCUUUGGGAACAAGGCUUUCCGGACGUGGUACACCAAACUGGACCAGGGGGCUGAGAACCUGGUGGCCACUGUGGUUCCAAGUGAGCUGUCGGAAGCCAUCUCCGAAGUGGCAGUGUACCUGAAGGAGUCUGUGGGCAACUCUACUCGUAUUGACUAUGGGACAGGUCAUGAAGCUGCGUUUGCCGCCUUCCUUUGUUGCCUUUGCAAAAUUGGAGUUCUCCGGGUGGAUGACCAGUUGGCCAUUGUCUUCAAAGUGUUCAACAGGUAUUUGGAAAUCAUGCGGAAGCUGCAGAAGACAUACAGAAUGGAACCGGCUGGCAGCCAAGGAGUCUGGGGCUUAGAUGACUUUCAGUUCCUGCCCUUCAUAUGGGGCAGUUCACAACUGAUAGAUCACCCAAACAUGGAACCUCGGCAUUUUGUGGAUGAGAAAGUGGUGAAUGAAAACCACAAAGACUUCAUGUUUCUUGAGUGCAUCCUAUUCAUUACAGAGAUGAAGACAGGCCCAUUUGCUGAGCACUCCAACCAGCUGUGGAACAUUAGCGCUGUCCCUUCAUGGGCGAAGGUCAACCAAGGGCUCAUUCGCAUGUACAAAGCAGAGUGCCUGGAGAAGUUCCCUGUGAUCCAGCACUUCAAGUUCGGCAGCCUCCUCUCCAUUCAGCCUGUUGCAUCUUAAGGAAGUUUUGGAGCGUAUUCUUUCCCCCAUUUCUGGAAAAAAGAGAGGGGGUCAGAAAACACUGGAGAAAGCAGGGUGAAGGGCCAGAGCUCUCCCUAUCCAGCCCCACCCCCACCCCUCAGGCAAUGCAGUCCAUUCAUUUCCACGGAUUAUUUUUUCCCAACUUUUGGGGGUGCAGGACAAACCACUGGCGCUCUUAAAGACCCCUCCCCCUGCAUUUUGAAGAAGGGAAAACCCACCUUGGAAUGUGAUCCCAUGACUUUUAACACUGGACCACAACAGUAUGUGCCCUUUCUUUUGCUCUCUCUCCCCCUGCACAGGACUAUCCUUUGCACCCAAUGCUUUUGUUCUAUUUUAUAUCUAUAUUUUUUAAAGCCUGCUGUAUUCCAGUCUGGGGAAUCCAGUCUGGUAUCACCCUGAGGGGCUCCACAUUUCCUAUCUGAGGCCUCCCUAAAUGUUUUUAUUCCUGGUUGCAAAAGUGUAAGGGGGCAUCUGUGUUCUCCCCCCCCCCCCAGCCAUCUUAGUUAUGGGUCCUGUCUGCAUCAUCAAAACCUGUCUCUAACCUACUUGAGCUGUGACUUGGCUCCUUCACAGAGAAACCAGGGGCUAGUAGUUUAGGGAGGAAAUGGGGUGCCCUCCCCCGAUUCCCAGUACUGUUGCCAAACUAAAUGUGUUAUGCUUUUGGAGAGAGGCAGGACCAUCAGUUCAGCUUCAAGCUGGUUCGGAUGCAUCCCAUUUCAUGAUCCCCUUGGAGGCAACAUGUUGUCAAGUGCUCCCUCCUGCAAACAGGUUCACAGAAAUUUUUGCAGGCACCAACUAAAAAAAAAACUACCCUCCAUCUACAUACGAAGAGGGAUUGUCAGGGGGGUUGAUGCAAAGCUUUUGGGUGAUCUUUGCAAUAAAAAAUAAAAAAAUCAGAAAGGUGUUCAAGAACGUGGCUGUAUGCUCCCCUUGCAAAGUCUGCUGGGCUGCUUCAGAAAGACCUGGGCUUUACUUCAUUCAACCCAGGCAGCACUCAGGGGUUUUUGCUACACUUGGCAGGGCUCUUAACAAUUUGGUUGAAUGCUGCCUGGGUCCUGUGCAGCCCUGAGUCCUUCACCAUGCAAAGUUUUGUGCAGGUGAUAAUUAAUUUUGGCUUGGAUUUUUACAGAGAGUUGCUUGAGAGCUCCUUUUCCUAGGAGCUAGUAGAAGAACUGUCAGCCAAAGGUUUGCUAGGCUGAGCAAAACUGGUUUGAGCUCAUUGGGAACUGUCCCGACUCUAAACUAGGCAAAAGACCUUGCUGUGCCCUGCCUUGGUGUUAAUCCUUUGUUUCUUUCAACCACAGGAUCACCCUUCCCCACUGCUAGUUACUAAAUUCUGAUGGUAGGUUAUUUUUUAUUUUGCUUGUUGGAGAUAGCCUUUAAAAAUAAUAAUUUUAGGCAUUGCCAAAAAUUGCCUUUAUUGUCCCCUUUUCCAAUGGCUGGACUCCUUUUUGAUGGCGAUAUCAUGAGUGUGGACCUUUAGGUGUUCAGAGGUGGCUCUACCUUGGCUGAACACUACCUCUGUCUAGACCUUGUUCUAAUCUCUGCCCUCUUGACUGGUUCCAAGGGAAUGGAGCAUUUUGGCAUUUAUUUAAGGUCUCCCUUAUUUCUCUUCUUUUGGAGGCUUGUGUGCAAGUUCAUGUUUAAACAGACCCCAAAACAGGAGGCUUCAGCCACUUUGUAUGGACUGCACAUCCUACUUGUAUCCUGCUGUGAGUUUGCAGCUUCUUUAACUCUUGGUGCAGAGCAUAGGAGCUUUGUGAGAGAGAUGUGCAACCCUUCAUAGUACGUUGUUGGACUCCAUCAGCACCAGCUGCGAGUCCUAACAACAUUGGGAGGGUCCUGCCCCUCAUCUAAGUGGUAGGCAUGAGAAGGAAGGUGUAUAAAUGUUGGAGUUGCACCCCCCCUUAUUUGCAUAUCCUACAUGGAAAAACUAGCACAAAGUCAUUAUAUGUGUAAUAGCUGGAGAUGAGCUUUCUUUUGACCCAUCCACUUAAAAAUCACACCCCUUUUCCACAUUAAACCCUCCACACACUUAGUUGGAGAUAGACAACUUAAAGAAGUUUGGAGUUGGCUUGAGAGAGAGUGGUUUCACAUUUCAGGGACUGAAGCAUUAAUGUUUCAUUUUGCUCUCGCCUCUGGGUCAAACAGGCUUGGCAGGUUUUGGAACUAAAAGCUUGGCAAACCUGUUUAUCUAAGAUGUGUCUGCCAGGGCAGCGGGCUCCCUUGGCCAGCUUGCAAAUUGGAACAGGAUACCUCCCUGUUAGUGUAUACACACCAUCCUUUGAGAGGGCCUAAUUUUGGCACUCCUGAAUGCAUCAACCAUUAGUGGUGUAACAGCUGCCUCCUCUUUCGCCUUCUGCAAAAACCUGGGUCCUUCAUCAUAGCUCAACUCCUCCUAUGGACCACCCACUCUCCUGUUCCUUGGGCAUGGUUUCUGUCGCCUCUGCUGUCUGUUGCAAAUACCCCCCACCCAAGAAGCACAUGUAACUCCCCUUGGCUUAGAAUCACCACCUGACAAGGCUCUCUGCGCAUGGCACUCUUUCCUGACUCCUCUGGUUUCCUCUAGCAUUGUGGUUUGAAUUAAAAACAAGAAAAACUUUCAUGUUUUGCA